AAGGGAUGCAGCGUGACGUCACCCCCCAAUCAGCGCGGAGGGGCGGGGCCAGGAGCGGGUAUUAGACCUGCGGCGUCACGUAGCUCUGCAGCAGAAUCUUGUUAUUAGCGGAGAUCGCGGAGCUUCCGUCAGCGGCUACAGAACCUACAAGAUGACCCACCAAUAUCCUGCGCUCAGUUCAGAGCAGAAGAAGGAGUUGUCCGACAUUGCACAAAAGAUUGUAGCGAAGGGAAAGGGUAUCCUUGCUGCAGAUGAAUCUGUGGGGAGCAUGGCCAAGCGUCUGACUGGUAUUGGAGUAGAGAACACGGAGGAGAACAGACGUCUUUACCGUCAGAUCCUUUUUAAGGGUGAUGAACGUAUGGAGAAAUGCAUCGGCGGGGUCAUCUUCUUCCAUGAGACCAUGUACCAGCAAGGAGACUGUGGUACCAACUUUGUGGAGCUGAUUAAGGAUAAAGGCAUUAUUGUAGGAAUCAAGGUUGAUAAAGGGGUCGUCCCUCUUGCUGGUACAGAUGGAGAAACUACAACUCAAGGUUUGGAUGGGUUGUCUGAACGCUGCGCUCAGUACAAGAAAGAUGGUGCUGACUUUGCAAAAUGGAGAUGUGUACUUAAAAUCAGCGAGGACACCCCCUCUUCCUUGGCUAUUAUGGAAAAUGCCAAUGUACUUGCUCGCUAUGCCAGUAUCUGCCAGCAGAAUGGCAUUGUUCCCAUUGUGGAGCCUGAAAUACUUCCUGACGGCGACCAUGACCUGAAACGCUGCCAGUAUGUCACGGAGAAGGUUCUUGCUGCUGUGUACAAGGCUCUUAGUGAUCAUCAUAUUUACUUAGAAGGAACACUGCUGAAACCCAACAUGGUGACUCCUGGCCAUGCUUGUCCAAAGAAAUAUGCUGCUGAGGAGAUUGCCAUGGCCACAGUAACUGCCCUCCGCCGCACUGUACCUCCUGCAGUCCCAGGUGUUACUUUCCUGUCUGGUGGACAGAGUGAGGAGGAAGCCACCAUUAACCUAAAUGCAAUCAACAACUGCCCUCUAGCUAGACCUUGGGCUCUCACUUUCUCCUUUGGACGAGCCCUUCAAGCCUCUGCUUUGAAUGCUUGGCGUGGAAAGCGCGAGAAUGAAAGUGCAGCUACUGAAGAGUUCUUAAAACGGGCAGAGGCCAAUGGGCUUGCAGCCUGUGGAAAGUAUGAACAUAGCGAAGAUGGCUCUGGGGCAGCUGGCCAGUCCCUGUAUGUUGCCAACCAUGCCUAUUGAGCUUGGUGGUGUGCCGAUCACUGACCUUCAGAAUAACUCCACUUCUGCUUCCCUGUGCUAUAAGUGGCAUCCACAUGGACAGACACCCCUUGCAACCGAAGCUUGGAACAACCACAGCCAUUUCUCAUCUAGCUUUUCAUAGUUCACUGCCAGUAAGAGCCCUUUGCAGCCUGUGGUGUGAUGGGGCUGGAUCUUGGGUGCAAGGAUAGGAACUUGCUCCUGUCUUGCACAGUAAUUCACCUGGUGAUAAAUAUUUUCCUACUAGAUCUUUUUAUUUUUGAGGCGUAAUAUAUUAAAUGUAAAGUUGACACUAGUUAUAUACUUGAGUGGCAGUUGAAGGAAACGUUCUUCAUGUGAACAUAACUCCAUUCAUUGGUUUAUUACACCUGCACAAUAUACAACCUUAUCUUCAAAGUCUGUAGUAUUGCCUUUGACUGGGAUUCAGUGAGCCAUAGCUUUCCCACCAGGCACUGUUCUGUGAAAGGUCUUGCACUUUGUGGUACAUCUUUAGAUCGCUUGAUUGUGAGCUACACACUCCACUGAAAACUGACCAAUCUCUCAACCCCUAACAUGGAAAUGGAAGAACAGAGCCCCUAACAAUGGAAGGAAGUUAUCUAACCCUGUGCAUUGUGAAACUAGUGUUGUCUCUAUCUGUAUGCAACUGAUGCACCAAAUAGUCAAAGAAAUAAACUUUAGUGAAUUGAAACUUCA